CUUGGCUGGACAAAGAUACUUCCUUUGAAAUACAUUUUUAUACCUGGAUACAAACAAGUUAGUACUGCCUCUGACAUAGUUCGUUUCCCCUGAUGUGGCUAGUUACUACCCAUUACCUUGUACAUGUUGGUUUGAUUAAAACAUUUUUAUUACGUACUGUUAUCCUGACCUCAUUUUUUUUUUAGGAGAGGUCAGUGUGUUCCUGUUAUUCUUGGGGAAUGUUUUUUGUACCAUUCAUGACAUUGGGAUGUUCUGGUACCACUUGAUAUCGGGAUGUGUUUGCGUGAAGUGGAUGAUGUAUUGGAUUGUGUUUGCCUUCUUCACCACAGCAGAAACACUCACAGAUAUUGUUCUUUCCUGGUUUCCGUUCUAUUUCGAGUUGAAAAUCGCAUUUGUGAUCUGGCUGCUCUCUCCUUACACCAAGGGCUCCAGCGUCCUCUACAGGAAGUUUGUGCACCCAACGCUCUCCAAUAAAGAGAAGGAGAUUGAUGAGUAUAUUACCCAGGCCCGUGACAAGAGCUAUGAAACCAUGAUGCGAGUCGGCAAGAAAGGUUUAAACUUGGCUGCCAAUGCAGCAGUUACUGCAGCUGCAAAGGGUCAGGGAGUUUUGUCUGAGAAGCUGAGGAGUUUCAGUAUGCAGGAUUUGACUCUGAUCCGGGAUGAAGAUACUGUGCAUCUACGGAGCCCCAAGCCACAGCUGCGCACCUCCACUAGUGGCCUUGAAACCAUUGAGGAUUCAGCUGCUUCCUGUUACUCCUCAGGAGAAGAGGCCAGUGUGUCUCAAAGGUCAAAUGGGGCCCAGUCUGAUUCUAGAACAGAACCUUCAGAUGAAGAUGCAGGAGACAAAACACCAAAACGCACCCAGAGCCUCAAAGCUCCUAAGAAAGUGACAAAAGCUGAGCCUCCACUAAAGAGUGUGAAAGCUCGCCCCAAGAAGAAAGCUGCAGGCUCCAUUGCUGCUGGGGAGUCAGCCUAAGGACAGCCCCACCCAUCUGACCCAGGAUUUGCCUGUCACUUUGAAGGGACACUUCCCAAAGGAAGAGAGCUGAGAUACAUGUACAUAACAGCUACUUCUUUGUAGAGCUUAUUCCAAGGCGAGGGCGUGGUAGGGAUUCAGCAUGUGGCGUGGAGGAUGCACAUCCUCAGAAAUUAUUUAGUCUUCAUCUCUCUGUUGGAGGGAAUGCUGAUCUAUCUGUACAUAGCCUGUUGCUUUGGGAUCCCCUCUCUGCAUAACCCUAAUAGGGAAACUCUGCUGGAAGAACUGAUUAUUAUUAUUCUUAACAUAUGUACAAUGUGCCUCAGGUGGCACAUGACCAGGGUUCAUCACCAAAUUUGGUCCGCUGGUUAAUUAGGGUUAGAGCCAUCCCUUGUGCAGAGGCUGGAAAAAUAUUCAGGAUGGGGCCACUGAAGUUCCAUUUGGGGUGGAGAGCUCCCGAAAAUGUCUUACAUCAGCCUGGGUAUCCUCCUGUAGCUACUGAGGGGAAUUAUUGGUAGGAAGUGCCUGUAGCAAAGUGGCUGGUACCAGUUCCUUCGUAAUUCAAGCCCAUUCUCGUAGGGAAGGGGACUGAAGCAAUAUGUGGCUGAUGCUUUCCAGUUUCAUUCAUGAUUGACUUGGAGGAGGAGUGGAAUUGUGUCAGGGUUCCAGCAUAUGCUGCAGAUGGACUCUCAGGAAGUGAGGCUGAACAGCUUUCUUUGCUUUUCAGGGAGAAGGAAGAGAAGGGAGGGAGCUGAGACUCCACAGUGGCUAGGAGGACAUGAGUGGGUGUGUGAGUGUGUGCACAUGCUGGAGUAUAUACAAGUGUGUCUGCUGGAGAACUGACUACUUGGCAGUCCUGGAGUUUAUGGUCCCGUCUCCAGAAUUGCUUGAAUUUUAUUUUGGAUUCCAUAGUCCAAUCCAAAUCCUGUAUGGCUGAUGUCAAAAAGGGUGGGUGUGUGAGGCAAUGCGGGGGCCAAUGAGCCUCUCCUGGCAAUGCGUUGGGUGGACUGUGAGGAUGUUACAUUCACACCCAAUGGCUGAACUCCACAGCACCCCAAUGCUAGUUACCCUAGAACUAAUCUGACAAAUUCUUUCAUUCUAACAGAUGACACUGGAAAACCUGGCUCAAUGCAGUCUGCAGACUUACUUGAGUAAGUGUGAGGUGGAACAAAUCUAGAGGCCCUUCUAUCCCAACUCAGAAGGCUCCAGGAGAGCCAAUCCACGGGGCGUGAGAGUUUACAAAUAACUGAAGUAUGAAAACUUCAUUAUCCUGAUACCAGGACUCCAUUCUUCAGUUGGGGGGAAAAAUACAGUAUUGGGAUUGAUCAAUCCUUCUGCUGCAUCUCACUCCAGCCCUUGAACAACUCUUCAUGUAUUUAACAAUGUGCCAAAUCCAUCAGUCUCCUGGAACCUGAGCAACAUGUAAGAUUCAAGCCAGAAAUACUUUUGGAUAUGGGGUAUGUAAUGUGGGGGUUGGACGUCAGUAGCACUAACAUUAAAAACAAAAACAAAAAACACCUUUGAGGUGAGUCAAUGAGAAUAGCUGAAGGGAUCCCCCCUCCUCUGGGUGAGAACACAUCCUAACCUGUACCCAUCUGUAGAUCUUUCCCAAUGUCUCUUGGUGAGGGGAUCCAGAAGAUGAGCAGGGCCCCUCAUAUCACUGUUAUCACUUGACUAAUGUCUUGGAGAUGAAUAUUUGGUGGCCUUGAUUUUUCACUGAGAUUAGCUGCCAAAGGAGCUUUCCUGUCUAUUAAAGACCAUUCUCUCUGGAUUUCCUCCCAUUUCUGUAGCCUAUUUUCUCGCUUCUAAAACUAUGGCAGAGCUCUUAGCCUAAACACCUAGUUGUUAUGUUGUUGGCAGUGUAUAGGAACACCUCCUGUAGCUUUCUUCAAUUUUUUAUAACUUGACUGCCACCUUUUGGGCUGAAAUUUUGCACGUUUCUUCUUGGCCUGGGCAUAAAUUUUAUGAAAAGCUCAUCUCUUUCAAAUACAGAGAGAGAAGGGAUACAAUUUUUGCCAUUUAAAAACAAAAAAAUCAAGCAUACUGACCAGUUCUAAUGUCUUGGUAGGCUGUGGAAGAAUCUUGUAAUUUGUCAGGGAUGCUAGCCCUAAGUAGUAGAUAAGGUGGUCUAGUGAAAGUCCUUUUUGAUUUGGCUGAGGCAUUAAGAUUUACAAGCUUACUUUGUGCAUGUGCAUUGUAUUUUUUUCUAAAUUAUGAUCUGCCAGUGUUCCAGUGCUACUGCACUUGCAUGUGUUUCUAUCGAAGUGGAAAUUCUCAUUCAGGAUACAAUCUCUUAUCAUUUGUGAUCUGGACCCGCAUAAGAAAGUGAAGAGGAACUUUUUAUUCCAUAGAAUGACAUGUGAAGGUGCAUUUGGAAAGAGACUUGACUGUGAAGGAACCAUGUCCAAGUCUAUCCUAUAUUGGACAGGACAGGGCAAUUAUGCUGUAUAUAGUAAGUAACUUUGCAUGAUCAGAUUUCAUCAGGUUUUUUUUUUUUUAACCUAAAAAUCUCCAUAUCAAAUUCUCUGUUUAAAAAACUGAAGGACUCAAGUCUAGAAAUACCAAGGGUAAGGCAGCCCAUAUUCUACUUCCAACCCCCAUUGCCCUCUUUAUGCAUAUUAAUUUCCAUACAAUCCCUAAUUACAUGAUCCUCAUACUAUCACUUUCCACAAGACCUCUGCCUUGCUCACUCCAGAAGCUGGACAGUGUGAACUGAAGGAGGUAAGUUUAUCCAGUGAAUAAGGCAGAGGCUCCUUUCCUGUUCUUGUGGAGGAGUUGGCUGGUGUGCAGUGUAUGGAGACAGGAACCACACACUGAACAAUUUAUAAUAAAAAAUCAUGAAAGAGCUGCUUCAUUCACUGUGCACGAUCCGUUCUGUAUGUUGAAAGGGGCAGUGGUUCUCUGGGAAAAUUGGUAUGUUAUCAUGCAAUUAAAUACUGCAUUGUAAUCUGUGCACACCCACAUUAGGGGCAGAGUUGAAUGCAUAGCCUUAACUGUCAUUUUCUGACCCGUGAGUGCUUCACUGUUUAGCCUUAAAAUUCCUUUGAUAGCCUUUUGAAUAUGAAUUGCAUUAGUCUGUUAUCUAUCAAAUAUUCUCACUGUU